AUGUCUAUAAAUUCGUGUAAUGAGCAGCUCCUCGAGGAAAUCAAUCACUAUGGUCCUGUUACUGCACUCAAGUUUCAUGGCGAUCAUCUUUUGGUGGGCUACGGCCCUGUGUUAAAGCUAUUUCACACCAAGAAGCUGGGCGAUCCGCCUAUAUGGCAGAAAAGAGUGUUUAAACGCAACAAGAUCCAUUCUAUUGCCAUCUGCGAAAAAACUAAUACGUUAGCGGUAAGUGGAGGACGGUCUUUUGCCAUUUUUCCAAUGGAAAGUGACGAGAUCCGUGAGAGAGCGAUCAAUGAAUGGAUCAUAGCGGUAGAGUUCAUUGAGCCCGGAAAAGUGGCCAUUUUGAAUUCGCACAAUGUAGUUUUAGUUGUGGACAUCAACAUACUGCCAUUCUCCGUGGCCGAAACAGUGCACUGUGGUGAGAAAUCCAUUCUUUAUUCGGGGUCGAUCACGAAGACAACCACAGGCGACGUUUAUGUGGCCGCAGGAACAGUCAUGGACGGUGUUAUAAUAUGGAACCUCAAAACGCGCAACAUCGUGCACCUGUUGAAGGACCACGAGGGCUCCAUUUUCGCCGUGAAGAUCGACAAAGAUGCACAGUACAUAAUCUCGUGCUCCGACGACCGGUCCAUCAAAGCAUUUACCUUUUCCGAUGGCAAGUUGCUUGCGUCAGGCUGGGGCCACGGAUCUCGUAUCUGGUCGCUCCUGUUUGGAAAAUCGCUGACGGGUAACCUACAAAUAGUCAGCAUGGGAGAAGACUGUUCCACCAGAAUCUGGAAUUAUACCGGAGAGAGUACCUUGCAGUGCAUCAAAACAUUUGAGCACUGCCACGAAGGAAAGCAUAUAUGGAGUGGUGACUCUAAUUAUGCUAUGAGACCGCGGCUAGCUACUGGCGGGGCCGACGGAAAGGUUCGCCUCCUUGAUGCAGAUGAAGAGUACAACGACCCGUUGAUCUUUGAGUUUGAUCACAUUGAAAGAUACGGCAUGAAUAAGGUCGAAGAUAAUGAGCACAUCAAGAGUUUUGCUAGUAUCCCCAUGGCAGAUGAGACAAUCGUGGUAUCAUCCGCUGGGAGGGUCUUUAGCAUAGAAUCCAGUCGUUCAGCAUGGGUCGACCUCGAAAUUUCUAUCAAAGAUUUUGUCUCAUUGAAGAGUCACGAACGCCAGACGGCUGUGGUAGUGACAAAAUCCGGCAGUGUUCUUAUGAUCAAUCAGGGGGACGAAGUGUCGACCGAGUGGUAUCACCCGCCGCCAGAAAAAUCUUACAAGAUCAUCAAUGUCUUGAGCCGCACAACAGAAAUUGAGAUGCAUCUUUUGCUAGAUAGCCCGGUCAAAGGAUCCCCUUUUGUGUUUAUGAAAUUAGAUGUUGUGUCGGAGAAACCCAGAGUAGUGGCCACAGUUGAACUUCCCAAACCAACUGACUGCUCAUUUACUCCCACGUCGUUCCAUUUCGAUUCCGGUUCCCAUUACUUGUUUGUGGGAUCUCGUCACGCAAAUGUGGCUGUUUAUGAUCUUUCACAAACCCCCCUUGUUCCACCCUACUUAAUACGUAAAAUCUGCCCCGGAGACACAAUUACCUCUCUCUCCACUGUGGGCCGAUUUGAAAAUGGGAACACUCCGGUGGUGCUUCUUACGGUUAGGGAUGGCACGUAUCUCUACUUCCAUAUUAAAUGCCAUGAAGAUGUGUUGAGCCACGAGAUUAUCCUUCAAAACAAGUUCAAUAAAGGCUCGGUUGAAGGCGGUUUUGUUUACGAGAAGAGCCUUCUACUUUACGGGUUCCGUUCCUCUCUGUUCUACGUGUGGAAUGAAACUAAUCAAACCGAGUUGCUUAAUGAAUUUUGUGGAGGAGCCCGCCGUCAUUGGGAGUUUAGGCAUUGGUUCAAUGAUCUUAUGGGAGGAGCUUAUAUGGAAUUUCGUUUCAUCAACAAGUCAGGCCUUGUUCUCAAAGCUAGGAUGCCGAGUUUUUCUUUACCACGCAAUGGACUCUUGGCCAAUGGAACACACGGAAGAGAGAUAAGGAGCUGCGCCGUGUCUGAUUAUACCGAGAUUGAUGGCUCCAAAAUCAUUGUGACUGCUUCAGAGGACGCUUCAAUCAAGAUUGGCAAAAUUGACUGUGAUGGCCAGAUGGAGUGCGUUUGGACAAUGAACAACCAUGUUUCCGGCUUACAGUCGGUGAAGUUCGCCGACAAAGACCACUUCAUCAGUUCUGCUGCAAACGAAGAAAUGAUCGUGUGGAAGUUACAUCGGUUUGACGAAUCUCAAUUCUCUGCGGUGGAGAUUGGGCGUCUUCCCGUGUCUGGAGUUAACCCCGAUCUUCGAAUCAUGGAUUUUUCGUCAAUUAAAAAUGACCAGGGCUUCCUCGUGGCUGCUGUUUUCUCGAAUUCCGUUGUCAAGCUCUUCCAAUUCAACACAUCCACGAAUUCAUUUCUGACAAUUGGAGAAACAGUUUAUAGUCAAUUCUGUCUCCUCAACAUAGAAUUUCUCAGCACUGCUAGUCAAACCUUUGUGUGCGUUGGUGCUACCGAUGGUAAUUUCACCAUUUGGGAUGUCACAACUUGUAUCACAUCGGACCUGAAUGAAUUUUCCGCGCCGAUAGUCAAACAACAACUACACCAAAGUGCAAUCAAAGCAUUUGCCAUACAUGCCAACGAGAAAACUGGCACAUGGGAUGUCUUGACUGGUGGUGAUGACAAUGCACUCACGCAUUCAAGACUACUGAUCUCGAGCUCCGGUGCUUUGGAGCUUUCAGUAAUUUCCUUCGUCGAGAAAGCUGCUUCGGCUACGAUAACGGGUGUAGUCCAUGUCGGCGAGCAACUGGUAUUUGUCACAUCAGUGGAUCAGAUUGUCCGCGUUUGGGAUUAUUCGUCUGAUUUGAAAUGUAAAUCUGCCACCUAUACAACUGUUGCCGAUACCGGGUGCUGUGCCUAUGCAGAGUUCGAAGACUCUCGACUUGCCAUUGCUGCUGGUGCUGGACUCAGCUUCUUUUCGCUACAGAAGGACUCAAAAAUAGAAUAG